UGGAUACGUAUGUCUGGGUAUUGGCUUAGAACCUGGUUUACUGUGAAAGUUUGAAAACCUCGACGGUCGACGCCUUCCUCUCUGAUCUGUUCUCUCCAUUGGAAUCAAAGGCACCGAUUUUUCGUAUUCUUCUGAGAGAACCCAUCCCUCAAAACCUUCAAAAUAACAUUUACUUUUUUCCUUUUUGUUUGCUGUAUGCUUGCCUUUCUCGUGGUGCAGGAAUGGGGGUUCCAGUGAUCAAAUUUCCAAUCUUUUUGGUAAUUAGAGUAUUGGGAGUCGUAGUAACAGCUAUUCUUUUCACAUGGACUCUUCAUUAUAGAGGAGGAUUGGCUCUCAUCUCUGAUAACAAAGAUCUCAUCUUUAAUGUCCAUCCUGUUUUGAUGGUCAUUGGACUACUGCUCUUAAAUGGCGAAGCCAUGCUGGCAUACAAGACUGUUCCCGGGACUAAAAACUUCAAAAAGUUAGUUCAUCUUACAAUUCAGUGCCUUGCUUUUAUUUUGAGUACUAUCGGUGUAUGGGCUGCUCUGAAGUUCCUCAACGAUAGGGGCAUUGAAAACUUUUACAGUCUGCACUCAUGGUUGGGCCUAGCUUGCCUUUUCUUAUUUGUCAUCCAGUGGGCUGCUGGAUUUGUGACGUUUUGGUACCCGGGUGGCUCAAGAAACAGCAGAGCCGCAUUGUUGCCAUGGCACGUGUUCUUAGCGAUGUAUACGUAUGCGCUCGCUGUUGCUACUGCUGCUACGGGUAUCUUGGAAAAGCUUACUUUUCGUCAAACUAGCCGGGUAAUAUGGCGCUACUCUACCGAGGCUUUGCUGGUAAACUCUUUGGGGAUAUUGAUUGUUGUUCUGGGUGGUUUUGUGAUUCUGGCCACACUCACUCCGGUGAAUGGCAAAGGUGAUGCCCACAGGGGACCGACGGAAUAGAUACGGUUGUGUUUCCCGGUAUGUCCGAGGGGUAUAAAAUGGAAUCGGUAAAAGACUAGUGCAUGUUAACCUGCCAUGGAACUUUGGGCUGUCGAUUGUUUAAUGUUUGAUCCGAUUUCUCGUCAUUUAAUAUUCUUCGUUUCCUUUAGUCUUCAAACUCCUAUUUUUUUGUCAAAUUAAAUUAAUUUACGGAAAAGUAGUUAGUCUAUCAA